UUCCAAUCGUCCAAGUGCAUCCUGUUGAUAUAUUUCAUGGCCGACAUUCUUUCUUCUGUAUCCCACUAAUAUGCCUCUCGGAGAAGUACUCGACGACGACUACGUGAUCAAUCUUCUGAAGCAAGAUGCCGAAGGAAAUAAGAAACGCUACGUAACUUCCGGAUUGGGAUCGCUUUUGAGCAACAAGCCGAGAGAUCGGGAUGCGCCGAGACCGAACACGCGGUUUCUGCAUAACAUAGUCAAGGAAGCAGAUCGCCAUAAUGCCGCUUUGAAGGCUAGGGAGGAAGAGGAUGCUCGGGAAAGGUUGCGGCAGCUUAAGCGGCAGGCUGGCCGGGGGAAGCGCGCUCGCGAGGCUGAUGGUCAUGCAGAGGGCGUGAGUAAACGGAGCAAGGGCGGUGAGAGGGAGGGUCGAUGGGCAGCUAUAUUGGGUGGACUUGGCAAGCAGUCCGAUCGUCAAGUUUCGAAGGAAGAGCGCCCGCAUGCUAGACAGUCCAGACGCUCGAAUGCGGCAGUAAGGAUGCCAGAGGCACAAGAAGUCGGUGUUCGCAAGCGCAAACGCUCUGAUGACGAGCUAGAUCGAGGUUUGGCUGUGCGCUCGCGACCGGGUCUCGCCACCGAGCAGAAGAAGUCAAGACCCAAAGCACACUCUGAGCAGUGUGACAGGAGGGUCGACCGCACACGACGCUCCGACAUCCCCAGAAUAGGGGCCAAAGAAUCGAGACGCAGUAUUAGCGAGGAUGAUCGUGACUCUGACCCUUUGGACGAUGUUAUCGGUCCACGGAGAGCGUCUGCAUCACGCGCUCGCGGUCGAGGUGCCGCAUCCGCAAGUAGCUCAGCAAUGGACGCCCAUUUCGAUCCCAGCUACGACCCCAAGUCCGACGUGAGCCUAGAUCGCGACGAGGCUGACGACUGGGAUAUGGCGCUCGAGGCCUUGCGCGACCGUGCGAAGUGGCGGACGCAGGGCGCUGAUCGACUCAAGGCCGCUGGUUUCACUGACGAUGAAGCGAAACGGUGGGAGAAGGGAGGUGAGAGGGAUGCCGAGGACGUGCGGUGGAGGAAGAAGGGCGAAGACAGGGAGUGGGAUCGGGGUAAAGUUUUGGAUGUCGAUGGAGAUGUUAGGACUGAGGCGGAUUGGGCGGCGUAGAGAGCUCUCUUGGUUAUGUUCAGGCGUCGUCUUUGGACAUCCCGUUUACAUCUUGGUUACUCUCGUUGUGGCCUUUGACCGGGUAGCCCAACAGUAGAACCAGCGAAAACAUAUCCAAAGCUACUAUGGUGUGCUCAGGGGAGCGAUCGCUUUAGGACCUGUCUAUUGAUCGUUCAAGAAGGCCUUAAAACUCAUUCAGUGCUACUGUGGAUAUCAAGAAGCAAACACUUUCCAGCAUGCUAGGAACACAUUAGGCGGUUCCCAUC